AUGAUGAUGUGCCUUGCUGCGGAAUGUCAGCAUCAGCCAGGCAGGAGAGCAGCGCUAACGGAGCUGCAAUUGGCUCACCGAGAUGUGUACACCGUGCUAUUUGGAAGCAAUCCGGCCAGUCGAUCGCGCAUUGACCCCUCGUUGCUGGCCACAGUUCGACUCUGUCGACUACCCUCAGUCCUCGAAAAAUCUGAGGCCAUUGAAAGGACCAAUGAACAUCCCCAGAUAACCAAGAUUUUGAUCAUUGACUGGGAUGUGCACCACGGAAAUGGAACACAGACAGUAUUUUACGCAGAUCCAACAGUACUCUAUAUAUCGUUGCAUCGCUACGACGAUGGAGCAUUUUUUCCGGGAACUGGAGCAAUAGAAGAAAUUGGUGCAGGAAUGGGCGCAGGUUUCACAAUCAAUAUUGCCUGGCCAAGUGGAAUCACAAUGGCAGAUGCGGAAUAUCUUGCCGCUUUUAGAUAUAUAAUUUUACCAGUAGCUCAGGAGUUUAAACCUGACAUGAUUUUAGUCUCCUCUGGCUUUGAUGCAGCUCCAGGCCAUCCAGCAAAUUUAGGCGGAUAUAAUGUGAGUCCAGCUGCUUUCGGUUGGAUGACGCGGCUACUGACAAAUCAGGACAUUGCUGGUGGUCGCCUUGCUCUCUGCUUAGAGGGAGGCUAUGAGCUGACCAGUCUCUGUGAUUGUACUGAGGCGUGUAUACGAGCAUUAUUACGAUCAACUUAUGAAAGAACCACUGGUCUACAAGAUGCUCCACUUCUGUAUCGACUGUCAGAUCGGGAAAGAACUAGAGAGCCUCAUCCCGCUGCAUUAGCGACAUUAAAGCAAUUAUCUCACUUUCUCACUCCUUACUGGAAGUCUCUCUCUGUUAGUGAGAUUGCUGGUACUUCUGCUGAUGCAUGGUUGCCGAGUGGGGAGGAGGAAGAGCCUUCACUUUUGCCAGUUAUUAAAAAAUUGACAUCUGUAAAUGCAUCGGACCAGUGUAAGCGUUCAUUAGGGAAGUUAGACAGUAAAAAUAAGCCAAACUCGUGGCCUGAGACGGAAUUGGUCAUAGGUGCAGGUGCCAGUGGCCAACAAAUCAACCCUCGUAGAUUUGUUAAGCAGGCCUGUUUAGAGGAAGAUGAUGUUAGUACUGCUCCAGAAGACGUCCCACUGGACAUGACAGCAAAAUCCAUGAGACUCACCCCUCAUGGGAUGGGUCUGCAGCAUGCCCUAAAAAUGGAGGCUGAUGUGAAUGAAACUUCUACCGAAUCAACCGACCUAAUUACGGCAGCGGCAUUGGUCGGUCUGGCUGAUCUUCACGUGACACCCCAAAUCGCAAAACGUUUGUGA